AUCAGAAAGGCAUUCACUCUAACAAGAACACUAUGGAGAAAAAAUCUUCUUGUCACAGGCUUUUCAUUUCGAGACUGACAUCAACUUGACAAUUAUAUCCAGGAAAAUAAGAGGAGAAAGACGGCGCCUUUUUUCGACAGUAACGAUUUGUCGAAGUUCGUAAUGCAGAGAGGGACAUUUCUUGGGGAGGCGCAAUUUUCGUCAAGAGAUGAGACGUUUAGUGAUCUGAUUGCUAAGCUUAAGCAAGAUUACGAGUGUAAAUGCAAAAUUAGAAUGUGAAAUUGGAGAUUUCGUCUGAAAUUUUCCACGCGUUUCUCGGAAAAUGAGAAUCUUAAGGUCGAUGACGUCACAAGACGCCAUUUUGAAGGUGAGCACGUUGACUUCUGGGAAGGAUUAUUUGGGUUUCUUCUCAUCCGGGAAACUUGCUUCCUGUGACCUUCAUUUUACCGGCGUAAGGAGGACAACGUGGUUUCGUACGCGAUUGUCUUCUCUUUGCCAAAACGCCAUUUUCAACCCUCGUUUGUCGCGUAAUUGUGAUGAGUAAAGACCUCUUGGACUACCCUUUCUGCCAUGAUGUCAACAAAUACGAAAGGAUGGUUAAAAUUGGUCAAGGAACUUUUGGGUUUGUUGACUGCUUCAGUCCGCCAUUUUGAUAAUUCGACUUUGUCGUUUAUUUUAAGAAUUGUUUUGCAGCGAGGUGUUCAAGGCACGCAACCGAAAGAAUCUUAAAGAAAUCGUUGCCCUCAAGAAGGUCCUCAUGGACAACGAGAAAGAAGGGGUAUAUACCUAUUAUUGUUGUAAAUGAGUGAUUUGCUAAAUGUAGUAGUUUCCGUGCUUGUUUUCUAGUCACUGAACUUUUGGUGUUUUUUGCACCACUGUUCAGUUCCCGAUCACCGCCCUCAGAGAAAUUAAGAUACUUCAGUUGCUGAAACAUGAAAACGUGGUCAACCUGUUGGAAAUUUGUCGAACGAAAGGUGAGUUGAAGUUUUAGUUGUCCAGCAACUGGAUGUUGAAAUAACUCUCCAACCAGUAUACUUUUUAUGGACGUGACGUCGUAGUUAAAGUGUCGAUGACGCUGCCAGUCUAAUUUCAGGUGUAUCUCUUCAUUUUCAAAGAAACAGAACUAUUUUUAACAUCAGUAAACUAUACUUUGUGUUGUUUGAGUGGUUAUGUCAUGUCUAUUGCUCCUUCUUUACUUUACGCGGAAGUCAUGUGGUUUAACAAUAUAAGAGAGACACUACUUCGAAGAUUUGCAACUAAUUGUCACUGAAAAUAUCUAAGAGUUAAAUUAUUUUAAAUAUUCAUCUAGUAUUUUACUCAUUAAUGAGGGCCAAACAGGACAAUAUUUUUCAGGGUAAUCAAUGUAAACAGAUUUUCUCAUUUUAUGAAGAAUCGUGGUUGUGAUGUCAGGAUAGUCAGUGCCUUGGAAGUAGUGCAGUUUAUUUUUCAGAGGUUUUCUCCUUAUCAAGAAGUAUUUUAACUGUUUCUCAUUCUGCAAGUUAUAUUUUGCAUCCUCAACAUAUUCAUCAAUAAGUUGUGGAGUUCUUUUACUAAGAUGUGACAGUCAUUAAGCACUUGAGGGGAAAAAUUAGUCAUUUUCUAAGUGAAGAACCUAAAAAUAUCAUGAAUGACUCCAAAGAAAGGGAAAUUUCUCAAGGAGCCAGUUGUAAUCAACAUUGAAAUGAGCAUACUCUUUUGGGACAGGAAAAUGUAAUAGAUUCAGGUGCAGUAGCAUGUGGUGUUGUGGGUGCUUUGUGUUUUCUAGACGACCAUUCUCAGAACAUUUCAGCACAAAUUUUAGGUGAUUCAAGAUUUCUGUUGCUUGUAAAAUGAAAUUGCUUGAGGGAUUUUCUCUAACAUGCUGAAAGAGGUGUCCCACUGCAUACUAAUCUGUGCAAUAUAUAUUUCAAAAUAAUUUUCCUCUUCCAAAUUGAGGUUAUUUUUCUGAAUGGAGACAAAUUUGUAAGUUUUAUUUUGUGUCCUUUACAAAAUGAAUGGGAUAAUAGUGAGCAUCAACUCUACUUUUAGAUAUGUCCCCUCUGUUGAAGUGUGCAUUAACUCUUUUCAUUUUCUUUUUCUUUUGUCUUCUAGCCUCUCCCUAUAAUCGCAAUAAAGGAAGUAUAUACCUUGUGUUUGAGUUCUGCGAACAUGACUUAGCUGGCCUUCUAAGCAACCAUCAGAUCAAGUUCUCUUUGUCAGAGAUGAAAAAACUUACCCAGAUGUUGCUAAAUGCGCUGUACUUCAUACACAGUAAUAAAAUCCUGCACCGAGAUAUGAAGGCUGCAAAUGUUCUAAUAACUAAGAAUGGUGUGCUGAAGUUAGCAGACUUUGGUCUGGCACGUGCUAUUCACCUGAACAAGGAGCAGACCCAGCGUUACACCAAUAGAGUUGUCACUCUUUGGUACAGACCGCCAGAGCUUUUGUUAGGAGAAAGAAACUAUGGUCCUCCCAUUGAUCUGUGGGGAGCAGGUUGCAUUAUGGCAGAGCUAUGGACACGAAACCCUAUCAUGCAAGGGAAUACUGAACAAAAUCAGUUAACCUUAAUAAGUCACUUGUGUGGCUCCAUUGCAGCUGAUGUAUGGCCAGGGGUAGAGAAACUGGAUUUGUUUAGUAAAAUGAUCCUACCGGCAAAUCAGAAAAGACGAGUGAAAGAAAGAUUAAGAAACUAUGUGAAGGAUCCCCUUGCUCUCGAUUUAAUUGACAAGUUUUUGACCAUAGAUCCUGGCCAAAGAAUUGAUGCAGAUACAGCUUUGAAUCAUGAUUUCUUUUGGAGUGACCCAUUGCCAUCUGACCUGACGCGUACAUUAAGCUCGGUCAAUACUUCAAUGUUUGAGUUCUUGGCACCUCCACAUCGUGGCAGAGGUCAAGUGCAACCACCAGCUGCUGGACAGUCUCGUGUGGGGGCUGCAAACCAGCUCAGUGUUACUAGCAGCACAUUUGAUAGGGUCUUUUAAUUUUAGCUGCCUUUAAUUUUCAAUGAACACUUUGCAUGCAGUGAAGUAUAUAUUGUAUUUAUAUGUGAUGCAAACAAUUAAACAAUGCAAGUAAAGACUCAAAGACUCAAAAAAAAAAAAAGAAAAAAAACAAAAAAAAAAUUGCAAAAAGAAAUAAAACAAACUAAAAAAUAAAACAAAAAGAACUAACUUGUAAAAAGAAAAAAAGAAUCAAAACUACAAAAAUGAAGGUCACUUGCUUCAAGCUUGUUUCUUGCAAUGCAUUGCCACAUGCAGUAAAUUAGCAUUGUUUACAUACCCUGCAGUUUUUGUUUACUUUUUAUGCAUUAGUGUAUUGUAGGUGUAAUGAAAAUAGAUGAAAACAUUUGUGAUUGAAAACAGAUGCUCUAUUUUAAAGCAUCUCAGAUGUGAAAUAUUUCUUAGUUCUUGUGGAUAUGCUAUACAAGAACUGGAAAGUAACACCAAAAAAUAUUUAAAAAGCUAUGCUGUGUAAUCAUGGCCUAAAAAAAAAUUAUCAUACUUGGAAAAUGCUUAAGGAAAGGGGAAGUCACAACAUGCGUACAGAAAUGACUGUUCAAUUUUCCCUGGCAGAUUGGGUAAUUUCAGUAGGGGUGGGUAUACUUGAGGAGAAUUGCAAUUAUCAUCUCCAUCACUGAAUAGUCAUCAUUCAGUAUUGGUAAACCUUAUUUUUCUAAUUUUUCCUUGGGAGAACCUAUUAUUGCCACUUUGAAAUGUUUUAUACACCAAGUUCAUACUGUUUUUGUUUUGGUUUUUUUUCUUUUGCAUUGUGCUUAUGUUUAAUAUUAUUAGAUAAAUUAUGGAAGCAUAGUGGUGUGCAGUUAAGAUACUAUGUUUCUGGAGUUUGAA